GACUUUUCCCCCUCGAGAUUCACAUGCCCCGUGUCCAUGGUUUGAUGUUAUAGAUUCCAAUCUAAUGGCAAAAAUAAUUAUUCCUCUACUUCUAUGUGUAGCAACAACGGCCGCUCAGCAGGCCGUGUAUGGUCAAUGCGGAGGUUCGAGCUGGACGGGUGCGACAACUUGUGCUACAGGGAGCACUUGUGUCUACCAGAACGCAUACUAUAGUCAGUGUCUUCCAGGAGCAGCUACCAGUACUUCAAGCUUGAAGACGACAACAAGUGUCCCGACAACCUCAAAAACGUCUACAACAUUAACAACAAAGGUGUCUUCAACCUCGACCUCUACUACAAAGAGCCCCACAUCGACUGCAGCCGUAGAGUAUUUCAUAACUUUUGGCGACUCAUACUCUCAAACAGGCUUUGACCCGACUCUAACCCAGCCAGCUGCCGGCAAUCCUCUUGGGAAUCCCAAUCUUCAAGGUUACACGACCACUGGCGGGUUCAAUUGGAUUGGGUACCUCGUUGAGUCUUAUAACAAUACGCUCAUGUUGUCAUACAACUUUGCUUAUGGAGGCGCAACUACCAACGCAUCGCUUGUUGCACCAUUUGCAUCCACCGUACUAUCCUUCAUUGACCAAGUAGACCAGUUCGUUAAAUACAAUCCCUCCGGGCCUUGGUCCUCUAGCAAUACGCUUUUCGGCAUUUGGAUGGGUGUCAAUGAUGUUGGAAACUCAUAUUAUCUUCCAAAUUAUACUACAUUACUCGGUCAAAUCAUGGAUUCUUACUUCGCAGAGAUCCAGCGACUCUACAAUGUAGGAGGCCGGAACUUUCUAUUCCUAACCGUUCCGCCAACUCAAGAUAGUCCCCUUUUCGUAGGCCAAGGGACAGCCGUACAAGCUUCUCUGGCGACCGCUAUAUCUCAGUACAAUGCGGCUCUAGUUUCACGCAUAGCAUCAUUCAAAGCCGCAAAUGCUGGAUCCAACACCUGGGUGUAUGAUACCCAGACUCCUUUUCUAAACGCAAUCGACAACCCUACAGCGUAUGGCGCGGCCGACGCUACCUGUAUCAAUGCGGACGGCGUUAGUUGUUUAUGGUGGAAUGACUAUCAUCCCAGCCAGAUUGUCCAUAAAUUAGUUGCUCAAGGGGUUGCCUCACUCUUAAAGGGUGUAUUUUGGUAAAUAAGUGAGCCGUGCGCUGAUCAAUUCCAUUAUUUGUAUAUUCGAUUCAAGAGACCAGUGUGACUGUCUUGUUUAUAUAUUGA